AAAAAACAUAAAAUAUAUUGUCAAUAACAUCAGUGAAGUUGCCAUUAAUAUGGAAUGUAAUAAUAUCAAAUUCAAGGGAUUAAUACCUCUACCAACACUGUUUGAUUUUUCUAGAGGUAACACAUCGGUCGAAUUCCAUAAUUCACAUAGAUUCGUACUAUACGGUAAAUCGCGAGAAUUUACGUGAACGAGGGUAAUUCAAAACCUGCUCAUAAUCAGUGGGUGAUUUGAAUUAAAUAAAAUAAACAAUAUCAAAGUUUACAAAUCGAAAAUUGUACACAUCUUAUUUUAUUAUAUCACUUCUCAAGUUAUUCUGAAUAUCAUUGUAUCUCUGUUGUAAAAAAUAAUUUGUCAAGGUUUUUAAUUCUUUUUUCACUGUAAGCAACCAGUUUACUUAAGCAUUGAAAACAAAUAACGUAAAUAUGUCGGAUAUUGGAAAAAGGAUUCGCAUUGAAAAAAGUAAUUUUCAUAGUUAUGAUAAGGUAAAUGAAAAGUUAGAAAAUCGGUUAUCGGCAAUGGAAAAAAAGGUAGAUUUUCUAAUGACUACAUGUACCACUAUCCUUAGUACAUGUGAGAAAAUUUUAUCAAAAGAGAAAACAGAACAUGAUUGCUGUGCAACUCUGUUACUACCAAAGAUUUUGUUUAUAGAUGAUUAUUUGAGAAAUCUUCAUAAAACAGAUAUCCUCACUGAUCCUGAUGGUUCAAAUCCAGUUGGUUUUUUGCAAUCUGAUAAAGUGACUAAUAGUGACAGUGUUCAAAUUUUGACACUUAAUACAGAGGAAGAUUUGCCUGAAGGUUCAUGGUUAGGUGAUGUUUCCAAUCCUAAAGCAAGAGUUCGAGUAGAUAUACCUCCAUCGCUGCUUAUGCAUAUCAAUGCACAUUGCUUGACUCCUGAAAAAAUGGCCCUUACACUUCUUGAUUCGUUAUUUCCCCGAGAAGUGCUUGCUGUGUCUAAUUUGUCAGGAAAAGGUAAACAUAGUAAAAGACAACUUGAUCCACUUUUGAUUUAUGCUAUAAGAUGUCAUUUGGCUUACAAGUUUAAAAUUACUGACAAAGACUGGCAUCGUAUAAAGCAAAAUAUUGAUUCAAAAUGUAGAGCAGUAUGGCGAAAGAAAGCACGAGGUUUACCUCUUGGAGGUGGAACCAACAAGUCUUCAAUGAUGCUGAAUGAUGCACUUAGUGAAGAAUCUUCAGAUGGUAUAAUUAACAUUAGUUCAAUUAAAGUUUUAAGAAACAACAGUAGUAACAGUAACAAACUAAUACACAUUCAGGAUAAGCAUACUGUUAAAGUGUUUUCUGAUGAAGAGUUUAAAGAGCUUUUACGGUCUCCUGUGGAGCUGUUUUCAGUUGAAGAUAGUGAAUGUUUCAAUCUAGGUGAACAUUCUUCAGUUAUCCAGGAUGCAGCAGAUAACUCUGAAAACAGCACCGACAAAACUAUGGAUGAUAGUCCACUUUUUCAAGAAAAAAGAACAAUUAACCUUGAUUAAGUAUUCUUUUAAUACUAAUUAUUGUAUUGAUUAUUCAAUUUCAGUGUAUGAAAAAUGUACCAGAAGCUAUUUUUAUCUGGUACAAGUUAUUGGAUGUUGUGGUGAUCCUUAUGUUAGGCUAAGCACUGGUAAAAUGGAAUCAUUAUAUCUUUUAUUCCAAUCUGUGCUGUAUAUGAUUUUCUGAUUUAAAAAAAAAUUAUAAUCAUAAGCUUAAGUGGCUGUGCUAUAUUUGUUUACUAGACUAGUUGAAAAAAUUAAGUUUUGUUAAUGAAGAAGUACAUUGUUAUUUUAUUCAGUAUACUGUUAUAAUUAUCAAAAACAGGUUUUAUCUGUGAAGUAGUUUUGUUAAGUGUCUAUAUUCUGAAAAUUCUUUUUAGUUACACUUCUUAAUAUUUUGAAGUUUCAAAUAGUUAAAAUUUUGAUAUAGCUCUUGUAGUGUUAGGAAAAAUUUGAUUAACCCUCAAAGAACUAAAGUAUAUUUGAAUAAGGGUGGUACUGUUAUCUAACCUUUAAGAAGUUUAUAAAUAUGUUUAUUUGAAAAUGUACACUUAUGUUAUUAGGUUAGUACAAAGAAAGGAGGUAAAAAUCCUUUACUUUUUUUUUCAAGUAUUUGCAAUGUCAUUAUCAUUCUUGCACGCAUUCUCCAGUUCAUGUAAAAUUAAUAUAUAUAUGUGUAUAUAUAUAAAGUCUUAUGAUUCACUUUCAUUUUCAUUUAUGGUUUUUUGGUCAGUGGAUGUAGUAACCAUAAAAAUGAAAACUUUUAUUUUGUUAAAAAUACGUUGUCUGGAAGUGGUGGGUUAUAGAUUUUAUUGUAACUUGAGACCUGAAAUUUGUUUAUCUUCUCUUAUAAAAUUUUAAUUUUCCAAAUUAUGCCUAUUGAACUAAACUCUGUUAUUAUUAAUGAUUUUUAUUGAUAAAAAAUAGUUCAUCUAACAUGAGUAACAAUAGUUCAAAUAAUUUCUUGAAAAAUUGGCGAUGUGCCAUUGGCUGGAUGUUGAAUGAAGCCAAAUAUGUAGUGCCAAAUACUCGAUUAAUUUUGUCAUAAAAUUAUAUUCCUGUCAUGAAUUGGAUUGAAUUUCCCUCAAUUUUUACGUCAAAACAUGUUGAGUGCUUAAAAGAGUUCAUGAGAACGAUAAUGGUAUCAACAAAAUUUUGCAGAGCUUUUUCAUCUCCUCACUUUUAAAUUAGGAUUAAAUAGUUGAACCCUAGUUAUCUAUAUUAAACAUUAAAACUCUUGAUGUAGUAACUGGCUGCGAAACUUUCUUCUGAUUCCUGGAACUUAUUCCUUAUUAGUUCAGGUUUGGAAUAGAAUCACUUGGCCUUACGAAGGUAAUGGACUUCUGAACCCUAUAGAUUUGAGGGAUUAUUAUCUUCAUUGUCUCUACAUGUCAUCUUUCUAGGAACAGAAUAGUUAAAAAUAGUUGUUACAUCUCUUUAAAGAGAUGUUGUACCACAGGUUUUGAAUUUAUUUUAUGUAAACGGCUAAUGAUUUUAUAAACCAGAAUGUUUCUUAAUUUUCAAUCCUUUGUUUUUACUUUUCCUUCUUUCUACAUUUUACAUUUGUCUCAGUCAUUUAAGUUGCUAGCUGUGAUUAAACUUGUUUAGGGAUAAUUUUAAGGAUUGUUUAAUUGUUAGUGAAGAGACUAAAAUUGUGAGAUGACAUUUCAAGAAAGAAAGACUGUAACAGUUGUAUUUGAUAUUUUCCUUUAAACUGUAAAAAUCAUUUGUAAUUUUAAUUUUUAUCCUAAAGUUCUCCUUUAUUCUUAUUCUAGUUGCUUUAAAUUACAAAGGGAAAAUUAAGUUAAUUGAUUGUACUGAACUGCAGUAUAAAAACAAAAAAGUGGUCACUUCAUUACGUAUUUUGGUUUCCAAUCAGCUAAUAAUUAGCAUCCCCACAAUAUUUUCAAUAAAUAACAGAUAUUAUUUAAGACUAACGAUGAUUAUAGUUAAAACUAUAUUUCUACAUUUAAAAAACUGAUUUCUAUAAAAAUUUUAAUUGAAAAUAAAUCCUCUUCUUGUACUUUUUACAGCUAAGACUUGAACAUCAUUAAAUUUUUAAUAAAUUCUAGAUUUAUUUUCGUAUUCUUCUCUAAAAACAACAUUAAAUUCUCAAAACAAUCCUGGAAAUUUUGUCAUCCUAUGGAAAUCCGAUGUAAUCUAAACCUGGAUCAUAUCAACCUCUUUACAUUGGAUUGCUUCAUAUGUGAGAGAAGAGUGACCACUUUUUUUUAAAAAUAUAUUUAUACAUAUUUGAUUUAUUUUCAAGUAAAGAUAUAGUAAUUGAUAUACAUCAUUUUUCAAUAUAUUCAUGUGGAAAGUAUUCGAAUGGAGUUUAUGUGUAACUCACUACUUAGAUUGUCUUUUCUUUUCUAUAAUAAUAAAAUCGUUUAUCGAGUAUAAACAUAGAAAUGCAUUUAUAUGUUGUGAAAUAAAAUUACUGCAUACAUCACAGAUUGAUUUUAGCUAACCCUUUAAUAGUUUAUCUCUCAUCUGUCAAAACUCGUUUUCACAGAUGAGAAAACGUAGCUAUAACCAGAAAAUAUAUAUAUUUUUUUAUAUUUGUUUCUUGUAUCAAUCAAUGUUAAAAUGAUUGUAUUAGGUGUGAUAAUUAUAGUUUAUACUAAAGUUUUUAGUAUUCUAGUCUACUUGUAUAGAAAUCAAUGCCUUAUUUUUUUUUUUCAAUAGUUUACUGAUUAGUUAUCAAAUGUUACAUAAAUUAUUUUAUUCUUUUGUAAUUUCUGAUUAUUUUUCUUGAAAUUGUAAAUACAUUUAAAAUUUGUAGCUGUCUAUGGAUAUGUGUUACUUCAUUAGACUGAUAUCUAAGAAUAGAGUGGUAUUAAUCACGAACAAUUUUGUCACCAUUGGUGCACAUUAAGGAAGUAUUUCAUACAGUAUUAAAUGUUCAAAUAAACUAUACAAAUAUCUCAAUAUAACUGCAUAAGUCAACAAUUUUCUAUCACCAAUCAUCUUUC